AUGAGAUUUCCCAUUAUCUUUUUGUGCUUUCUCUACCAAUGCUUUGGAGAAGGAACAGUACCGGACCAAGUUCAUCUCUCUUUUACCGGGGAUAUGACAGAGAUGGCUGUAGUUUGGAAUACGUUUGCUGAAGCUUCCCAAGAUGUGUAUUAUAAAAAGAUAGGUAUCGGAGCAUCAUCGACUGCGAAAGGAUCUUCGGAGGCUUGGAUCUACGGUGGAAUCACUCGAUAUCGACACAAAGCAACGAUGACUGGUCUCGACUAUUUUUCAGAAUAUGAGUAUACGAUUGCUUCUCGCACAUUUUCCUUCAAAACUCUUUCCAACAACCCUCAAUCAUACAAAGUUUGCGUUUUUGGAGACCUAGGUUACUGGCAUGGAAAUUCCACAGAGAGUAUUAUCAAGCAUGGGCUAGCAGGAGAUUUCGAUUUUAUUGUUCAUCUUGGAGAUAUUGCUUAUGACUUGCACACUAAUAAUGGACAAGUUGGAGACAGUUAUUUGAAUGUUUUUGAACCACUCAUCUCAAAAAUGCCUUAUAUGGUCAUUGCUGGAAAUCAUGAAGACGACUACCAGAAUUUCACCAACUACCAAAAGAGAUUCUCAGUUCCUGACAAUGGACACAACGAUAAUCAAUUCUACAGUUUCGAUCUCGGCCCGGUUCAUUGGGUGGGAGUUAGUACGGAAAAUUAUGGAUACUACUACACCUAUGGAAUGGAUCCCGUCAUGACUCAAUAUGAUUGGUUGAAAAGGGAUUUAACUGCUGCCAAUUCGAACCGUGCCGCCCAUCCAUGGAUCUUCACAUUCCAACACCGCCCAUUUUACUGCAGUAACGUCAACUCUGCUGAAUGUCAAUCAUUUGAAAAUCGAUUGGUCAGAACUGGUUGGUUAGACAUGCCUGGAUUGGAACCUCUCUUUUUACAAAACUCGGUGGAUUUUGGAUUCUGGGGACACGAACACUCCUACGAGAGAUUUUAUCCAGUGGCAGAUAGAACGUAUUGGAACGAUCGAAACGCAUAUGUGAACCCAAAAGCUCCAGUAUACCUUAUCAGUGGAUCUGCCGGAUGCCAUACCCCAGAUGCCUGGUUCUCUGAUCAGCCAUGGCCUUGGAGUGCAGCUAGAAACAAUGAUUACGGAUGGUCAAUUGUAACUAUUGCCAAUAGAACUCAUGUUAGAGUUGAGCAAGUUUCCAUUGACAAGAACGAACAGACAGUUGAUGACUUUUGGGUGAUCAAGGAUGAAGGGUAUACCCAUUCUGGGGAGAUGAGACGAGCCAGUCCUGGAACAAAGUUCCCCGCCCAAAAGUGUCACUUCAAAGAUGUUGCCUGCCAAAGAUCAUUGAAAGAAAUCAAUGAAGAACUUUGA